CAGACAGGGAGUGAGGGCUCGCCAGCCUCAUACCGGCAGGCACAGCUCAGUGGCUCCAGGAUUUUGCUGCCCCUGUCUCGGGACUCCGAUCCGCGGCCGCGAGCCAGACCUGUGCGUGUAGCAGGGGGUUGUUCGAAGUGGGAAAGAAGAAGCGAGCGGGGGGCGGCCGCUGCUGCUCCUGACACCGCCAGUGUGUGUGCACAUCUCCCCUUCGGCUUAUAAAAGUUUGCCUCAGCAAGCCGGGGGGCUCCUCGCUCCCCCUCUGCUGGGGGACCCAGUCUGCUCCUCACCCUGGAGGCACCUCGGCUGUGCUCGCGGAGGGUGAAGGUGAGACCGUUCCUCGGGAUUUAUUGAGCUGGAUUUGCAUUUUGCACCAUGUCUUCGUGGAUCGCGGCUCCGCUGGUGGCUUUGACCGGGCUGCUGCUGUCACUUUCGGUCGGGGCUGAUGUGAAGGCUCGGAGCUGCAGUGAGGUGCGGCAGGCGUAUAGUGCCAAAGGCUUCAGCCUGGUCAAUGUACCCUUUCAGGAAAUAGCAGGGGAACAUUUGAGAAUCUGUCCUCAGGAGUAUACAUGCUGCACCACAGAAAUGGAGGACAAGUUGAGCCAACAGAGCAAAUUGGAAUUCGAAAACUUAGUGGAGGAAACAAGUCACUUUGUGCGCACCACCUUUGUGUCCAGGCACAAGAAGUUUGAUGCAGGAGAUAACCUGUCGCAUGAAAAUGGAAAUUCAGAAAAACAAAUGUCAAGUUCUCCUGUUGUAGGUGUUGCGUCUUAUCUUAUUGGAACAAAUGUACAGAUAAAACCCUAG